CCCGUAGUGCGUCCAUCCGGAGCGUUAGCGAUUCUUCCAUGCAGUUGUGCAGUCUUAGCGAAACGCCCACGCGGUGCUGCGUGGGCAAAGGCCUAGGGAUAGGCGUCAACGGAUGUCUCACUAGCCGUGCAGGUGCUUUCCAAACCCGCGAACGACGCUGGCCGACUAUAUAAAGCUCCUGGCCAACCGUGCCCAAGCUGCCGAACCCCGAGGAAGAUCUACCCGUGACAACAUGGCCUUCGUCAACCACUACACGGGUCCGCAGCCUGAUCCCGAGUCUUUGCUCUCGGACGACGAGCUCUACGGCCCUGACCCGUACGACAUCAACUUCGCCUUCCCUCUCCACCUUGACACCCUCGAGACCGCCCGCGUCAAGCUCGUCCCCUUCGUGCCCCGCGUCCACGCCGAGGCGUACUGGGAGAACGUCAAGGACCACCGCGCAUCGCUCUACGCCUACUACCCGCGCUUCUGGCACUCCCUGCGCGAAUUCCUUACCUGGAACGAGGUCUAUUACCGGCGCAACCCCGUGCUGCUCAACCUCGCCGUCAUCGACAAGACGCGCGCGGAUCCCGCGCACCCGGACUGGGGCGGGAGCCUCGCGGGCCUUGUCGGGCUCAUCAACACGUCCGCGCAGAACCUGCAGAUGGAGCCCGGGUGGAUCAUGGUCUUCCCGCGCUUCCAGCAUACACACGUCGCGAAGGAGAUGAUCGCUGCGAGCCUGCGGUACAUCCUCCAGCUCCCGACGCAGUCGCCGCCCGGGCUCGGGUUCCGCCGCGCGCAGUGGAUCGCGAACGCGCUCAACAAGCCGUCGGUGGGGCUGGCGGAGCGGAUGGGGUUCAAACGUGAGGGCACGAUUAGGCACAACGUGGUGCUCCCCGAGGAGAAUACGGCGUACGGCAACAGGGGCCGGCCUGGGGACCCGCUCGAGGAGCAGACGAGCAGGGACACGGCGAUCCUGUCGCUGUGCUGGGACGAUUGGGAGAACGGGGAGAGGGAAAGGGUAGAGGCUCUCAUUGCUUAGCGGAACACACAUAUUACUCGCAUAACCCAGGAACUAGCGGCGAAUGUGAUUCGAUGACGACCGAGCCAAGACGUG